CGUAGCGUAGGGCCGGGUGGACGCGGCGGCGGCGGCUGGCGUUGCGACUGACUGCGCCGGUGGGCUCUGAAACGCUUUUCGGCGGCCACACUCGCCGCUCUGGUCGAUUGUUGUGCAGCCGGCGCCAUGUCUGUGAGCGAGAUCUUCGUGGAGCUGCAGGGUUUUUUGGCUGCCGAGCAGGACAUCCGAGAGGAAAUCCGAAAAGUUGUACAGAGUUUAGAACAAACAGCUCGAGAGAUUUUAACUUUACUGCAAGGGGUCCAUCAGGGUGCUGGUUUUCAGGACAUUCCAAAGAGGUGUUUGAAAGCUCGAGAACAUUUUGGUACAGUGAAAACACAUCUAACAUCGUUGAAGACCAAGUUCCCUGCUGAACAGUAUUACAGAUUUCAUGAGCACUGGAGGUUUGUGUUGCAGCGUUUGGUCUUCUUGGCAGCAUUUGUUGUGUACUUGGAAUCAGAAACACUAGUGACUCGAGAAGCAGUUACAGAAAUUCUUGGCAUUGAGCCAGAUCGGGAGAAAGGCUUUCAUCUGGAUGUGGAAGAUUAUCUCUCGGGAGUUCUAAUUCUUGCCAGUGAAUUGUCGAGGCUGUCCGUCAACAGCGUGACCGCCGGAGACUACUCCCGGCCGCUCCACAUCUCCACCUUCAUCAACGAGCUGGAUUCGGGCUUCCGCCUUCUCAACCUGAAAAACGACUCCCUGAGGAAGCGCUACGACGGCUUGAAGUAUGACGUGAAGAAGGUGGAGGAGGUGGUCUACGAUCUCUCCAUCCGGGGCUUCAACAAGGAGACGGCCGCGGCGUGUGCCGAGAAGUGAAGCCGGAGGCUCCGCUGGCGCCGGGCCCUGCUGACCUCAGCGGUCGCCGGUGGGGGUGGACCCCUUGCCUCUCGGGUAGUUAGCCUUGCCCCGUUGCUAAACACCGCGCUUUAUUUUCUUAACCGGUUGGUUGUGUGGUGGAAGUAUCCAAAUGGAAACGCUUUUUUCUGGGGGUGAAACAAUAGCCUUUUCAAGGACAGACUUUCUUUGUCGUUUCAGUGAAUUUGCUCUGUAAUUCAGUGUAUUUCAGUUCUGUCAGAAAGUGUAAAUGUCAGUCUCUUGGUAAAGUCCUUUUCUUGCUCACCCUGAUGCUGUUGAUGUACUGAUUGAGAAGUUUAUGGUCUUGUGUUUCUUCCAGAAGUGAUCCUUGGUGUUUUCUAUAUCCAAAUUAGCCAUCCAUACCCAGGUGUGUGUAGCCUGGAUACCGGAUAAAAAUGAGUAAUUAAAAAGGAUGGUUGCCAAGCAAAGGACAACUUAUUUUAUAUUUUCUUUCGUUAUUUUAAGCCUCGUGAGUAAAUCAUAUGUUGACAUUUUUUUGCA